AUGGCUGCUUUCGCCUCGGCCGUGACCUUCUUUGGCAGAUGCGGCAUUGUGGACAUGAGAUAUGGCGAUGGUGACAGAUAUCUAGGAGAGAUCGAGGUGAAGGUGAAUCAGCAUCCGUACCGUUUGCUGACACCAAAGGGUCCCAGCGCAACGUGGGGUGCUCCUUCCUGCUAA